AUGCAGGUCAAGAACCCGCGCCGGGUCCUGGCGGUCUCGCUCGCCGACUCGACGCAGCAUCUGAGCAGAGUCAUCAAAGACCUGACGGGUAGCCACCCGGAACCCGCAUCGACAACUCUUGCCGGCACUACGCACCUCCUGUCUCUCAAGACGAGCUACUACACCGCCGACGUGCCCAUCUGGCUGGACCUCAUCUCCUCACCCGCGGAAUGGUCUGCCUCGUUCCUCUCGCCCGAGGCCAAGGAGGUUCUCACCGUGCUCGGCGGACUGGCUGUCGUCUUUUCCCUACCUUCGGCAUCAUCAUCGUCAUCGUCUUCCGGCAUGGCGGCGUCCAUCGCUGAUGCUCCGCCAGCCGUCCCUACGACAACGACAGCGACACCUGCCGCAUCGCCCUCCACAGACGAGACCCGUGCGCUCAUCACCGAAGUCGGCAGAGUCGUCCGCGAAGGGCUCGGCGGCUGGGGAUGGGACGGCGUCGGGCUGGGCAUAGGCGUUGGUGAGGGCGAAGCCGAGGAGUGGGAGGAGCUUUGCGCCGAGUGGGGACUCGAGUUCGUGCAGAUCAGGGGAGGGAAGAAGGAUGACGGCAAGAAUGAGUUUGGAGAGAAGAUGGGCAUUGCUCGGGUCCUCGAGGCCCUGGAAUCCAACGACUGGGACGCCGCGGACGACCUCGACGGCGGGCUCUCCGACAGCGACUCCGACGCCGACUCCGCGUCGGGCCUGCCCAGGAAACGCAAACCACUCGCGGACGGCGGCGGCGACGGCGACGACUUCGAUCUGGACCCCGAGAGCCUGGACUUUGGCUUCGACAAGUCCGACUUUGAAGGCCUAAAGAAGGCCAUCUGGGACCAGGAGCAGGAUGAGGAGCGUGAUGCGGAUGCACACGGCGAGGAGGGUGGGAGGAAGGCGACAGAGGGCGGGGCUCCAGGCGACAGGAAGACCGCCGAGGGCGCUGGCAAGGACACAAGCGGAGACAAAGUCGAAGAUGAAGGGGACGAGGAGCUGGACGGCGACGAGGUGGAGAAGAUUGAGCGGAUGAUGCGCAAGCUGCAGGCUGUGAGGGACAUGAGCGCGGGCUUGCCCGAGGAGCAGAGGCGGAGGAUGGCCAAGAAGGCCGUUGGGGAGGUGAUGAAAGAGUUGUGA